GGUGGCGCCACAACGUGGCCAACACUGCGAAACGCUGCAACGACGACGAAGGGCGAAGAGAGCUCGCGGCCGAACAGAAGCGAGUAGAGGUUGCAUAGAAGGAGCGAGUUCAGUUCAGGCGCAAAGGUCCUCGGUUAAGGACGCGACGGUCCUGCUAAUCGGGACACUAUGCCAGGCGGCGAGGGGUCCCCGAUCAAUCUCCUCGACCACCGUGCAUCGACCACCUCCGGCGAGUGCGCGAACAGUGACGAAGAUGAGAGAACAACGGGCAUCGUUUCCAGCACGAUGACGACUGUCUUCGCGGCCGAUGGUCUUAAACGGAGGAAGGUCAUACACGCGGCUAAAGAAACUUUCGAUAAGGCAUCCCGCCUUCUCAGACGGAAGAUACCAUGUACAGGCCACUUGAUGACCCCCCGCCGCCUAUGGAUACAAAAGGUUCCAACUCAGGAAUGCGACGUCGUGGUGAUGUUCCCAAGCGGAGCAAGCGAUGAAACCCUGAUGUGGCUUCUAGGUCGACUUCGGGCCGGAACCCCAGGCCUAGUGGUGCACGUGCGACACCAUGCCUCAUCAGAUAGCUACGGCUUUUACCUAACAGCUCCUUUUAGCGUAUUAUUGAAAGCUGCCGAAGAGGUUCAUUUACCAAAGACCUUACGUCAAGAGUUUGGUGGUGGAUUGAAGGAAUUCGUAGGUUCUGAGUCGAGCUGUUUUGAAGGCAGUGACGAUGAAGCACGAUUUUUCACUACUCAGGAAAGACAGUCUUUGGUACUGCAUUUGCUGCACACCCUCAGAGCAGGCCCACAGGAUCUUCACAGUCUAUCUGGGCUUAAGAUGGUGGAAGGUCAAGCAAUUAUUCCAAAGUGCAUUUCUUCUGGGAUUAUAUCUCAGGUUUUCCCUCUUCACGAAUUGCCUGCGUUAGAGAAGCUACAGCAGACCUGGGUCCGCGCGUUUCUCAGCCCUCAACCACUAGACGACAUUUGUAAAUACUUCGGAGUCAAGAUAACCAUGUACUUUGCGUGGCUCGGUCAUUAUACCACCGCUUUAAUUGUUCCAGCUGCAGUGGGUGCCAUAUAUUGGGUCGGCAUCAUUGGCAGGAAUCAAGCGGUAGAAGACGUAGCGUAUGUUCUAUUCUCUGUUUUUAAUGUAAUCUGGGCCACCGUUUAUCUGGAAACAUGGAAAAGAAGGGGCGCCGAAUUAGCCUACAGAUGGGGUACGUUGGAUCAAAGAGACGACCUACUUGUCGAGCCUAGACCGUUGUUUACGGGCACCUUGGAAACUUCACCUGUAACAGGAAGACUAGAACCAACUUACCCUAGAUGGAAGAGGAACAUAUUCCGGUACUUCGUCAGCGUUCCCAUUAUCGCGACGUGCUUGUUCUUCGUUUUCAUUGUGAUGAUCCUCAGCUUUCAGAUACAGGAUUGGUGGGAUGCUCGUUUGGAGUCCAGGGGAUAUGGAUUCUGGUUGAGCUACGUACCAAAAGUUUUACUAGCAAUAGUGAUAGCAUUAAUGGACGAAGCGUACUUCAAAGUUGCCGUGUGGUUGAACGAUAUGGAAAACUAUCGGCUAGACACUGAGUACGAGAAUCAUCUGAUCUACAAGGUGGCACUGUUUCAGUUUGUAAACUCCUUCCUAUCGCUAUUUUACAUCGCCUUCUACCUACAGGAUCAAGAGAGACUUAAAGAGCAAUUAGCCGCACUACUAAUAGCGCGACAAGUUAUUGGAAAUUUGAAAGAGUCUGCUGUACCAUACCUAAUCGAGCAGCUACGAUUGGCCCGCCUAAGUUUCGAACUUUUCGGUGCAUUAAGCCCAAGCGAGGCUAGGCCGCCACCUAGCGAGGAGAAUGAAGAAUUACGAAAUGAAUCUGAGGACAAAAGCGAACGUUCGGACGGCGGGAAAACCAAGCAGCCAAGAAAUGUCAGCCAAGCAGAGCUGGAGAGUUCUCUCUACAGAGUAGGACAUCCCACUAAUUCUCUACUUAGUGACUUUACGUUCAAGGUAUCGACCAAAAAGUAUGAUGGCGCAUUUUCAGAGCACUUGGAAAUGCUGUCACAAUUGGGAUACGUCUGUCUCUUUUCAUCAGCCUUUCCAUUAGCUGCUAUGGCAGCAUUGCUUGGAAAUCUUCUAGAACUACGGGGUGAUGCUUUCAAAUUAUGUUUUGUUCUCCAACGACCAUUUGGCCGCAGAGUCUCUAAUAUUGGAACUUGGCAAAAUGCCAUGGAAGCUAUGGGUUUAGUUGCAAUUUUAGUAAAUUGCGCCCUAAUCGGAUUAAGUGGACAAGUACAACGAAUGUUCCCAGAAAUGUCGGCCAUACAAACGAUCUUGCUGAUAGUUGCCCUCGAACACAUUAUGUUAGGGAUACGCUUCAUUAUAAUCUGUGCGAUUCCUGAUAUUCCGCAUUGGGUAGCUACAGAAAUGGCUAAAGUAGAAUUUUUGAGAAGGGAAGCGGUCAGAAGAUUGUCAUCUACACCAUCGCCAGAACAACAUCCAACUACUGUCAUAGGGAGAUUCGUGGUGAGUCCAGCAGACGGAGAGAGUGAAGAACAACUGCUUUCCGAACCCAGCGGAGAUGCAACGUCCUCUAGUCUUCCGGAUACACCGACUCUAGCUUCAUCCACCCAGACACCCAGUAGUCCUCCAACUCCUAGUGCAGCAUCCGUGCCAAGGAUCGCAGAAACACCUUCUGCAGUUCAAACUCCCGGUAGCGCAGGCAGUGGUGACUUAAACACUCCUUUCCUGGCAGAAAACAAUAUGGGCAGCGUUCGUGACAUUCACAAUUCACCUAGAUGUUCUAUUCCUGGCGGAGAACGAGGAAGGCGUUCGAGGGAAUGGCUUCAGAACGAAUCCGAAGCAUCAGGUGGAACUGAUCAUUACAGUCACCACUUAACCAUCGGGCCUCAUGGCGGUGUGGAUUGGGUUCGAAGAUUAGGUCUUGAAGCUGGUGGACGAAAAUCCAGCGAUUCUGAGAUAAGCGGAGCUGGUACAGUUAGUGGUAGUGGAGAUGAACUGACUCUUCACAGAUCGACUGACUGUAUCGUAUCAAAAGAUCUUGCCUCCUCAUCAGACAGUGAUCUUCUUAGAUCCGCCCCGCCGUGGACAGUAGCUCAUAGAAACCAAAAAUUCCGGUUCUCCCCUGAAAGAGAGAGGGAACGAGAAAAGGCAGAAAAGCAGCAAUAUCAACAUCAUCAGCGAGAAAUUCAAGAUCACAAACAACAGUUAUCUUAUUACGCCGAGAAAGAAAAGGACUCGAGCAGUCUUUCAGAUUCAAGCAAAAAAAUUUCCAGUCAAGAGGAAGAAAAACCAUCAAAAGAAGAAAGAGAGGCAAAGAAAACCAGGGUAAAACAGAGCCUGAUGAAGAGAGCUAGAUCUGUGGCGAUUUUUUCCCUAAAAUUAAAAGAACGGAGGGCAAGAGAGGCUGAGUUGAAAGCCAAAGAGGCAGAGAGAGAAGCCAGGUGGCAACAGCCACAGUCAUGUGUUGGUGGCGAACUCUCUUGCAUUCCCAUAGAAAAGCUUAUAUCUGUGGACGACAUCGCAGCCAUGGAAUUACGCAGACUUAAUCAUUAGUCGCUUGACGUUUCACUUUCGUUUUACACGCUAUGUAGAAACGUUCGUCUGCGCCAGUGAUACUCGCUACGAAACAAAUGUUGCGUAAGAAUUUUGUAGUAUCUGUGAAACCAUAUCAACAACGAAUCCGAAAAAAGGAUUCUAGGAAUUAAUCAAUUUUUAUGUACAUAUUGAAUGAACAAAGAUAACGCACAUAAAAAAAAGUCAAACGAAGAACGAAAAAGGAAGAAGAUACAGAUAUUUAUUGCUACAAUGAACUUUUUUGUAUUAUUUUUUUAUAUAUUUUGUCAAAGGUCCCAUUUCUUAUUUCACCUCUUAUCUUGACGUUAUAUAUGGGAUUAGCAUCAAUUGAAGUCUUCAAUAUCAUUUUUGAACGAGGCCUUACUCAAUUUGGAAAAUAAUACUACUCCUUGUUUCAUUCCAAACUUCAUUCCAAACUUCAUCCCAACCUUGUUUCAUCCAAACUAAUUUGUACUAUCAAUACUAUUUAAAAGAUAGAGCUGAACUAUAAUUUAUUGAAAUGAGCACCCAAUACGGAUGAUUUUAAACAUCACCUUUAAUCGAAAUAUCUGUCAAUUACUAAACGUUUUAGUACAAAAUAUUCUUUUCCGAAGAAUGUUAAUUCGAUGUCCAGUUUAUACCGUAACAAGAUUUCGAGUGAGUAUCAUUCGUGCAUAUGAAACAUGUGCACCGGAAGAAUCAUUAGAAUUUGUAAAAAUGUUAGAAAACCUAAGUGAGAAGACCGUUAAGUUUCAUCGAAACUCGUGAUUCCAAAAAAAUUGUUAAUGAAAAUGAAUAAAGGAAUGGCGCACAAAAUAAAUUGAAAAUUUUAGACAAGGUUCUAUAGAAGACAGUUUAGAGUAUCAUCUUUAAAGAUCACAUUUUCGGUAGAUUAGUUGGUAACUUGAUAUUGUAGACUGUAAUCUUCAGAACAAUUCGUGCCAUACAGUUGAUUGUUUCUGACUUCCUUGCAAUUUCAUGAAUUCGGGAAAGAAUAAAA